CACAAUCAAAUUGAAAACGGACAUAUAUCUGGAAACCCAGGCUGUGUUAAAAGGUUUAGUAUCAGCUCAGAGUCCAGAAGAUGACGAUAGAAUCCCCCCUGACGAGGCUGCGGCGCAGAAACAUUUGUUUCAUGUUCGGCACGAUCUUGCUGCUCGGAACUUUGGCAGUCUACCUUGAGAUGAUCGGAACUCAGGCAUGGAACGAUAACGCAAGCCUGAAAGCUUACAAUGUCAGCAACAUCUGGAGGAAAUACAAUUCUGACAACUUGGACCAACCAAACAACUUGGAGGACUCAGCUGCAUGGAAGACCAGCGAUACUCCACAACCCUGGAAAACAAAAUAUAAGGGACGGGCCAAUCUGCACGCGUUUGCGGACUGGUGCGGCAAAUCUAUAGCUGAGCUCCGCAAGAACCCGCACUACCCGCUGUAUCCUCACUCCAGAAGUACAGUACUGAAGCUUGCCGUCACUCCUAAGUGGACUAACUAUGGACUCAGGAUAUUUGGCUAUCUGCAUCCAUAUACUGACGGAGAGUUUGUUUUUGCUUUGAGCUCUCAGGACAACUCUGAGUUGUGGCUAAGCCCAGACGAAUCCCCCCUCAAUUUGCAGUUACUGGGAUGGGUUGGAAAGACUGGCACAGAGUGGACCGCCCCUGGCGAGUUUGAGAAAUAUGUUAGUCAGAUAUCCAGACCAGUGAGGCUUUCUGCAGAGAGGAAGUACUUUUUUGAACUCCUCCACAAGCAGGACCAUGAAGGGACGGACCAUGUGGAGGUGGCGUGGCAGCUCCAGGGUGAAGGCUCCAGAUUCACUGCUAUUGACUCCAAGCACAUCUCUCUCUAUGUUGAUGAGUCUGCUAUGGUAGCUGGUGAUGUUGAACACAUACCUCAGACGGCUGCAAGCCACUCCAACACGAAACAGAGCAGCUCUACAGUCGACAUGCUGAGGGAAGACCCACGAGACGUUCUCCUCCAUGUGCCUUUGAUAAACAGCAAGUUCCUACAAGAUGUUUUGCCUGACUGCGAGUACAAACCCAGCUACGCAUACAAAGGUUCUCAUCUGGCCCUCUAUCAAGGACUAAAUUAUGUCAAAUCGUCCUUCAUCUACCCUAAUGAUCAUACCCGACUCACACAAAUGGAGUCCGAGAACACCUGCUUCUACCACGCCCACAUCUUGGAAAACUCCGAAAACAUGAAACUAGACAGUCCAGACCUGCAGGAACAAGACAGAAUGAUAGAUCAGAACCUGAUGGAGGAGAAAUCGGCAGACUUCUAUGAAACACAAUAUGAGAGCUUUGCUGAGAAAUUCCGGCAGGUACUUCAGUCCUUACCCGUGCAUGAAGACGACACAAAGCCUCAUCCUCAGAAGACCCAAAUUGUGGGUGAGGAGCAGAGGAUUGUAAAAAGAUCACUUAAGCUCCUGCAGGUAAAGAAUAAUGUCAACCAGCACUGGAGUCAGACCUUCCAGAUCAACCACCUGGACUAUCGGGCACAUAAUUCAGAUGCUAUGGAAAUGGAUUGCAAAAUUGCUGGCAGUCUACUUAUCAACUCCGAUGAGGUUCUGCCAGUGGUCAAGAAAUUCAUGGACAAACUCAACAAAGAACCCAAUGGGCAGUUCACGUUGGUGAAAGUGGUUAACGUGGUGAAGCGUGUGGACCCAGCCAAUGGAAUCCGCUACCUCCUGGAGCUGCUGCUGAAAGACAUGAAGGGCCAGAUGGUGCGUCUGUCACAAUACGUCUACGCUACGAGUAACCAACCUGAGCUGGUUCUGUGUAACCCAGUGGCCUUCAGCUGGAAUCCACUUGCCACCGUCCACAUCAUAGUUCCAGUGAAAAACCAGGCUCGGUGGGUGCACAAGCUGAUUACUGAAAUGGAGAAAGUGUUCAGAGAAUCCGGAGACACCAACUUCAACCUCAUUGUCACCGACUACGACAGCACUGACAUGGACGUGGAGAAGGCUCUAAAGAAAUCGUCACUCCACAGGUACCAGUAUGUGAAGCUGACUGGAAACUUCCAGCGCUCUGCUGGUCUGCAGGCAGGAAUCGACCUUAUAAAAGAUCAACACAGCAUAGUGUUUCUUUGUGACCUCCACCUCCAAUUCCCUACCUCCAUAAUCGACAGCAUCAGGAAACACUCUGUGGAGGGACACAUGGCUUUUGCUCCCAUCGUCUUGAGACUGGACUGUGGGGCUACACCACUGGAGGCCAGAGGUUUCUGGGAGGUGCAAGGCUUUGGCCUGCUUGGAAUCUAUAAGUCUGAUCUGGAUGCAGUGGGAGGAAUGAACACCAAGGAAUAUACAGACCGCUGGGGAGGGGAAGACUGGGAGCUACUCGACAGGAUCAUUAAGUCAAAACUGGAAGUGGAUAGGAUCUACUUGAGGAACUUCUUCCACUUCUUUCACUCCAAACGUGGCAUGUGGAACGAGUAGCUCUAGACCAAAAAAUGAUCUCACCAUCCGUUGCAGCACAUUGAAAUUACCAGAGUCUCCAUCAGACCAACCAGAAUGCCUAAGAGACAGAUAUGUUUACUGCUACUGCUACUACUACUAACUGACAGGGAUUUGAAUGUAGAUGAUGAAAUUAGGGCUGAAUACUGUCAAGAAGAACAAUAAGAAGACUCUACUACGACAAGUAUAUUCACCUGAAAGUAAUACUGACUACUGAUGCUAGAGUGCCACUGAACCUGUUCCUGUUGUUAUGGUGCGGCUUAACAAUCUUUUUAUCUUAUUGAUGUUUUUUUAUGUUAUUUCUAGAAAAAAAAGGCCCUGACUGGUCAAAAAGUCUAACUCAGUUUAUCGACUUUGUUCUUAUUCACCUACAAUGUGCCUUCUACUGUUUGUUAUUCAGGGACUGAGGGAAUUUUUUAUGUUACAAUUAUUUUUUGAAAUUUCAAUUUCAUCAUGUAUAAUAAAAAAACAAUUAAUUAUUA